AGAGGGAAUUUAAAAAGCGUAUACAGUAAAGAGCUGGAGAAGGCAGAGCGGCAGGCUGCUUUCAACCUGCCCCCGCUGCAUGUGAAAUUGAAAACUGAUAAAAGAGUACUUGCAUGACGUAUGGUGCUGGGAAAUCGCAGCACCGCUGCCGGCCGUUAGCCGGGCCAAGAUUUUAAGAUUGCUAACAGGCUGUUUCUGUGGCUCGCAGGGGGACCCGGCGUUGCAAUGCGUUGCCGGCUGUCUAGCAGGGACACCCAGCCCGCCUUGAGCCAGGCUUUGUGAGGUGCUAAAGAUGGGCCGUCGAGCCCGGCAGGACUUCUUUCCAGAUGAAAAUCUCAACAGGAAGAAUUCCCCGUCUGCUUCUCUUGGAGAGGAUGAAGACCCUGAGGAAAAGGUUGACCAUGGUCCACCACCUAAACCCCCACGCCGGCAAGGAGGCUGGGCAGAUGAUCCUGUGCUGGCAUCUAACAAGUCAGGAAGAAAGCACGCAGAAGAAGUAGAAGACCAUCGUCUCAGACAGCAGAGCCUGGAGGUGUCAGAUGAUGGAGGAGACAUUCCCGUGAUCCCUGACUUGGAGGAAGUCCAGGAGGAAGAUCUGGCCAUGCAAGUAGCAGCUCCCCCCAGUGUGCAGGUGAACCGAGUGCUGACGUACCAUGACCUGGACAAAGAUCUAAUGAAGUACGCUGCCUUUCAGACUUUGGAUGGAGAGGUUGACCUGAAGCUUCUCACCAAAGUUUUGGCUCCAGAGCAUGAACUACGAGAGGAUGAUGUCAGCUGGGAUUGGGACCACCUCUUCACAGAGGUCUCCUCAGAACUUGUGACUGAGUGGGACCUGGGACAGUCUGAGAGAGAGGACCACCUCAGUGUGCCCUAGAGCACUGGCAUGCCAGACAUCUUAUACAUGCAUCCCCUGUAAAUAGUUUAGCACUUUAAUUUUCUAUUCACUUGUUUGUAUUUGAGAAUUUAUUUCCGACAUGAAAAUAAAUAGGACCUUGCUUCAUAGGAAAA